AUGUUCUGGGUAGGCUCAGCUCUCUUCGGGGCAGCGCUUUUGCAUAGCCCUCAACGGGCUGAGGCAGGCUGGCACGAACGUCAUAACCGGGAUGUUGAAGCUCUUCAGCAACGGGGAGCCUUUGAAACGGCGGAGGUGCUGCCUAGUUACGGUAGCGCAUCUUCUCCUCUGAAGUUCGAUGAGACCAUCACAUACGCAGGAUCUGACUGGUUUGCACAACAGGAAACUCUAGAUGGGAGAGGCGGGGUGACAGCGUCGGCAGAACAGUAUUCUUCCUCUACAUCCUUGCCCGAGUAUGAACCUCCUCAUUCAAGAUACCCUGGAAGCUCGCUGCUGUCUCUAGCUACACUUUUGCAGAGCUCUAACCCCCAGUUGCGCUCGGCGCUGAUGCGUCAUCUCUGUCUCGCCCUGGCACGACUCAGGACUCGCUUCCUGGGGCUGAACAGCGAAACUCGGGGGACCGCCAAGCACUCUAAGAAGAAGAAGAAGAAUGGGAAAUCGAAGAAGAAGAAGUCAGAAGACCCGUUCGAGAGGCGUAUUGAGGCUUUGACUUCCAGACUUGCUGGCGUCCUGGCGGCUGCUGAGGGCUCUGCUAACCCGGGGAUGACAUUGUCCAAGUUUUUGUUGUUGGCUUUCGUGAGUUUGGUUAGGGAGAUAGAGGAGCUUCUAUCCGAUAUCGCUUUGCAAGGCGACUCGGAGCUGAUGAUCACCGCACUAAACCGACUUGCUCCCUCACUUGUACGAGGACUGGUGUAUCUGGAUGCUCCCCAGAAUCGCGGAGCAGCAGAGGUGUUGGAGCCAGCUCGCGAGAAUCUGUUGGAGAGAGCAAGAGAGCUGGACAGCGCUCUGUUGGAAGCACAGGGCAAUCUAGAGGGAGUCUUGCGUGCGUAUCCUAGAGAUUUCGACACGGAAGAAAUUGAGAGAGAAAAGCAGUUAGCUGCGCUGGAAGGAAGCCCUGGUCAGGAAAAGUAUAUUACCCCUGUCUAUGCGGCGGGGCUGGAAGGGUCCUCACACAGUGACAAAUUCCGUAAGCAAGCGCGUUUGGCCUUCUUCUUGUCGCUGUUCCUGACUCUUUCUACAGUGCUAACCGCCAUUGCUCUCACUCCUCCUCUGUUAAAGGUAAAUCAUGACAUGGGCAGCAGUGGAGCGAGUCAGCACCGCCGGCGGCGGGGCAGGGAUGGGAAGGAAGCCCCAAGGGGCUCAGGAAGCAGUGGCGGUGGAGACUCAGAGAUUAAGAGGGAGCCGCGUAGGGAAGGCGGGACGCAGAGGUUGGAAGAAGCUGUCAGGCGCCACCGAGAGUGGAUUCGGCAGCAGCAGCAAAUGGCUGCUGAAUCCUUUGCUCAUCAUCACGGUGGACAACAGGGGACAUUCGAGGCUAUGGGAGCGCCACUUCCGAGCCCGUCGUAUGCAGAGGGGCAUUUCAUACAAGAGCCCGGGUCGCCACUUCCACCCCCUUAUCAUCAGCUAUAUUUUCCGGUGCCGCAGAAUUAUUCGGGUCCGACUGUGCCUUCUGCCCCCCCAUUAGGGACUCCACCCCUAGGGACUCCAUUCCUGCGAGUACCUGGACGAUUGCCAGCAUAUGAUGAAGUUGCGUCAACUGGGGGAGGUGCACAGUGA